GCCAAAAAGUACGCCAUGGAGCAGAGCAUCAAGAUGGUGCUGAUGAAGCAGACGUUAGCUCAUCAGCAGCAGCAACUGGCCAGUCAGCGUACGCAAGUGCAACGGCAGCAAGCAUUGGCUCUCAUGUGUCGCGUUUACGUCGGCAGUAUUUCCUUUGAACUGAAAGAAGACACAAUUCGAGCGGCUUUCCUACCUUUUGGACCGAUUAAAUCGAUCAAUAUGUCUUGGGAUCCGAUCACACAGAAGCACAAAGGGUUUGCGUUCGUAGAAUAUGAAAUACCGGAAGGUGCACAAUUGGCGUUGGAGCAGAUGAACGGCGCAAUGCUCGGUGGGCGUAAUAUAAAGGUCGGUCGGCCAAGCAACAUGCCUCAGGCACAGCAAGUGAUCGAUGAGAUCCAGGAGGAGGCCAAAAGUUAUAAUCGCAUCUACAUCGCUUCGAUCCAUCCGGACCUGACCGAGGAGGACAUCAAGAGUGUGUUCGAAGCGUUUGGGCCAAUUAUGACGUGCAAGAUGUCGCAGGGUAAUGCGGUACAUACCCACAAAGGAUAUGGAUUCAUUGAAUAUCAGACGAACCAGUCCGCAAUUGAAGCAAUCGCCAGUAUGAAUUUGUUCGAUUUGGGGGGACAAUUGCUAAGAGUUGGUCGAUCGAUUACACCACCAAACGCACUAAUGGGACCAGCUGCAAAUUCAGCAAUGCCUACGGCAGCUGCCGUUGCGGCUGCUGCUGCUACCGCCAAAAUCCAAGCAAUGGAUGCUGUGGCCACAAAUGCAGUGCUGGGACUGUCCGCUACUACCCCUGCGCUGAAGGUUGGUCUCACGGGACUUCCGCUUAAUCCAGCCAUUACAACGGCAGCCAGCGCAGGGUUUGUCGCACAAGCACAAUUGGCCGCCGCAACCCAAGCCGCAGCUGCUAUAAACAGUCAGCCGGGUUUAUUGGUCCCACCCGUCUCGCUUGCUCCAUCCCUAUUGGUUAACCCGGUACUGGGAGCAGCAGCCAAACCACUUCCCACAGUAUUGAGCCAAGCUAAUCCGGCUGCGGUAGCUGCGGCAGCGGCCGCGGCAGCAGCAGCAGCGGCCGCAGCCGCUGCGGCUCCGAAUGCUACCGCUGAAGACGUGUACAAGAAGGCACAGGAGAAACAGCAAGAGGAGUUACAGAAGAAGUUACUGGAGGAAGGAGAACCGCAGACGUUGCAGCAGCAAGAAUCGAUGUCGAUUAAGGGACAGAGCGCUCGGCAUUUGGUGAUGCAGCGGUUAAUGAGGCCGCGCGAAAGCAAGGUGGUUAUUCUUCGAAAUAUGGUCGGACCAGAGGACGUAGACGAGACGCUGCAGGAAGAGAUUCAAGAUGAGUGUAGCAAGUAUGGUGCUGUGGACCGGGUUAUUAUCUACAAGGAGCGCCAAUCGGAGGGUAACUUUGCCGAGGACGACAAUACGGACGUGAUCGUGAAGAUCUUCGUCGAGUUCUCGCAGGCCACCGAAGCAGAUAGAGCCCGCGAGUCACUGAACGGUCGCUAUUUUGGCGGUCGGUUGGUCAAGGCGGAGUCUUACGAUCAAGCUCUCUUUGACCACGGCGAUUUGUCUGGCUAA